GAACUCUUUUCGAGCUAUUUUGAAGCAAGGAAAAACGAAACAUUUGUACUCAAGACGCGGAGCAUUCGCAGCAGAACAAAAAACAAUUGGAAUUGAAAAAUUGUCUCGCGCCAUCGUUUAAUUUUCGAAAUAUUUGUAAUCACACAUCGCUGUCGCUUAUUAUUUUUCUAGCUACGUUAUCUGUCGUUGGCGCCUUUUUCUGAAUGUCAUCAAUUUUUUCUGGUUGAAGCUGCUGAUACUAGUAAUUAUUGUAAUCAAUUUGACGCCAUAGAAGGAUGCUACGUUUGCAGAAAUUUAUCGAAGCAAAUGCAGAUUUACAAAGCCGGUUGCGAGAUGAUCUCACGACCAUCAGAGAGCUCGACUUGGUUGUGCAAAAUUCGAUGGACAGACAGGAGAGACAUACUUAUAUGUUCUUCCAAAAUGCCUUAACGUUGAACUCGGACACGAGAGAUAUUGUAUUUCAAUCAUUAUUAUCGGAUUUUGGAAAUAUACUAAAGGUUGCAGAUGAGAAGGUUGACAUUGCUGGGCGGCUGCAGAAUAUGUUGAGCGAACGGUUAGAGCAAUUAGAUCGAGAGAUAGCGGCGUUCGAAAUUGAACUGGCAGCUGAAAAUUCUGAAGUCAUUCAAAGUAUUCAAGAAAGAGUAUUGCAAAAUGAUUAUUUUGCAAGUAACAGGAUCAAUGCCAAAUUGAAGACAGUAAAAAGGUUAAAAUCAAAUAAAAAGAAGAAAACGACAAGUACAUCAACACUGACAAUUAGUGGAACGUCCGAAAUGACACAGCGACAAACAGUUUUCGCUUCGGAAGUAAAUAACAACGAAAUUGCUGUUGCGUCAAAUGCUCAGUCAAGUGCCACUGCCGAUCUGUCACUUUACUGUAUUUGUCAAAGACAGGCGUUUGGUGAUAUGGUUGCUUGCGAUAAUGAAUUUUGUCCAUAUGAAUGGUUUCAUUAUGCUUGCGUGAAUGUAGCAACGGCUCCCAAAGGCAAAUGGUACUGUCCAAAGUGUAUGGUUUGUAAAGUUUCUUUGGAUCGAAAUUGAUGGGAAUAAUUCAUAGAAAAGAUGUAUAAUUUUCUCAAAUUUCAUAAAGAACUAAUAGUUUUAUUAUUAUUUUAAUCAACUGUUUCAUACUUUGAUCCAUAUACAAAAAUAUCG